UUGCUGGCUGCUGUAGGAGUUUUUCCGGCUUCUCUACCUUUUGGCACCUACGUUCUCACGCUGCACUAUGAAGGCGCUGAGCCCUGUGCGCGGCUGCUACGAGGCGGUGUGCUGCCUGUCGGAGCGCAGCUUGGCCAUCGCACGGGGCCGCGGCAAGGGCCCGGCAGCCGAGGAGCCGCUGAGCCUGCUCGACGACAUGAACCACUGCUACUCGCGCCUACGGGAACUGGUACCCGGAGUCCCGCGAGGCACUCAGCUUAGCCAGGUGGAAAUCCUGCAGCGCGUCAUCGACUACAUCCUCGACCUGCAGGUGGUCCUUGCCGAGCCGGCACCCGGACCCCCAGACGGCCCGCAUCUCGCCAUCCAGACAGCUGAGCUCACUCCAGAACUUGUGAUCGCCACCGAUAAGAGGAGCUUCUGCCACUGACCCGGCCGUUCUGGCGCCUCCAGAACGCAGGUGCUGGCGCCCAUUCCGCCUGGGACCCGGGACCCUCUCCGGCCGGAAGCUCGAGGGCAUGGAUGGGCCCCAACCUCGCUCUGCCCAUUUGACUUCCCCAAACGCCUGCCCCGAGGCUGGAUUUGGCACCCGGGGGCGAAGGACUGUGAACUUGGGUGGCCUGAAGAGCCAGCGCGAGCUCUGGGCACCAGCUGGGCAACGUCACUGUGUUCCCACCCCCAAGUUUAAAGACUGUUCAGAGUGUGGAGGUGUGUGUGGAGGGGGUGGUGGCUGCUCUCCAAACUCUGCCGAGGUGGCAGUAGAGCUGGUCUUCUGGUCUCCUUGGAGAAAGGCUCUGUUGCCCUGAUUAUGAACUCUAUAAUAGAGUAUAUAGCUUUUGUACCAUUUUUACAGGAAGGUGACUUUCUGUAACCAUGCAAUGUAUAUUAAACUUUUUAUAAAAGUUAACAUUUUGCAUAAUAAACCGUUUUUAAACACUUGUGUCUGUAAUCUGAUUGGACAUCCCCUUUCCCCCAUUAAGUGUUAAUACCGUUUCUCACACAGGCUGCAUUUAGGAAAAAAAAAAAAAUAUCUUCCUUGGGAGUUUAUUAGGAGCAAGAUGGGAAAAUGCCCAGCUUGAGGGUGGGGUGGGAUGGGAUGGGAUGGGAAGGGCUCGUGUGGAAGUUCCAUGUUCACUGAUGUUUGGGUGCAGAGAUCUUGGCCCUGCCCCCUCCAUUUGGCUGGUGAGGGGUACCUGAGAGGGGAAGUAAUUAGCACAACCUCAUCCAGUAAGUAGGGGGUGCAGGCUAGAACCUGGGCUGCAUGUGUUCCAUUCUCUGUCCCUUGAGAGCUGUUAAGCUACACUAGCUGGCAGCUGUUAUAUUUGUCAAUGGUACACGAUCACUUUCUAGCUGGGGAGGUGAGAAGAGUGGAGCCCCUAGUUUGCCUCAUCUAGUGUCCAGAUGUGAGUGGUGGUUGAUAGACCCAUUUCAGAGAUGGAUAGACUCAUCACUGGGUCUGUUUUCAUGUCCUCCUGGUGCUUUCUGAUCUGACUUCUUGUGGGCUUACAAAGUUAGAAAAGGAGAGGAACUGUUUUUCUCAAUUCCUGGGCUACUUUGAUGAUAAGGAUUUGGGUGCCGGUUGGGAAGUACUAAUACUACCCUCUCCUCUAACACGAUCUUUGGGCAGCAGGUUUGGAUUCCAACCCUGGGCCAGGACUUGAGGAAAAGCCCCAUAGCCCUCAUUCCUUCGUACAACACCUCAAACUGGAGCAUACAAUGUAACUAUCCCUAUUUUUAAAAAUGGGGAAACUGAGGCUCUCAGUUACACAUUCUCACAACCCCUGAAGAGACAAAAAUGGGAUUUGAGCCUUAACUCCAACAACUAGCAUAGUUGUGGACAGCAGAAGGGCCUGGAACUGACCGCUCUGUGGGGCCAGGUCUAGACAAAGGGCAGGACCCAAUCUGUGCCAUUGGUGUCUGCCCUGUACUUGGUGGCUCCCCAGGUGGGCUCCACCAGGUGCCUGGUCUCAUUGAAUUCCUGUUUAUGGUAUGACCUCAUCUGUAUGCUGGCCCUGGCAGGAGUUACUGCUAUAUUUUAUAACAAACAGGGCAAGUAAUCACCCUAAAUGCCUCAACCCUGGUGAGCUUUCUGGGGUGAACAGGGGCAAGGGAGGAGGCAGCCUGUGUCUUUGCCAACCAUCCUCCCGGCCUGGCCAGUGGUUCUUAACCUGCUUUAGGUACUGGUCCCCUUGGAUGAUCUAGUGCAAGACAGGAACACUCUUCAGAAAACUUAACGCACACGACUUUGCAGAGGACUAGCAUGCCUCUUCCCCUGCCUAUGGGAAGCCUGCAGACCCAAGGAACACUUGCUCAAACCCCAAGACUCAGGACUGCAUU